AUGAAAGUGACCAAAAAUAAAAUCAACAUUUAUAGUACCGGACUGUCGUUCCACGACGUGAUGUUGGCUACAGGUCGUAUCCCAUCGGGUCCUGAGGUUGUAUUCAUGGACUGUACAAUUGGUGGUGAAUUUGCCGGUCGUUUGGCCGAAACGGGGGAACGGGUUAUGGGUAUGGAAUCGGGCCGUUGUUUUGCAACAUCGGUCUACGCGGCCACUCAUACAUACAGUAAAAUCCCAGACAACUGGUCUAUGAACGAUGCCGUCUCUAUAUUAAGUACUUAUAGUACAGCUUAUUAUGGAUUGAUUAAAGCCGGAAGACUUAGGAAAGGUGAAAGCAUUUUGAUACACUCGGCGGCCGGAGGUGUGGGGCAGUCGGCUAUCAAUAUCUGUAAACACUAUGAAUGCGAUAUAUAUGUGACGGUCGGUAACGACGAAAAGAAACAGUUUUUGAUGAAUGAAUACAAUAUACCGGAGAAUAAGAUAUUCAACUCAAGAGAUAUACUCUUCAAGAAUCAGAUAAUGGAAGCGACGGAAGGAAAGGGAGUCGACGUUGUGUUGAAUUACUAUAGAGAUAGCAUUAUAGCCUGUGCUUACGCUGACGGGUGUCUCACCACAAGAGAUGCAAUGGUCGUCACGUACUUCAGGGGAGCCGUCACUGAAAAUGACAAGAAUAUAACUAAAGGACUGAUGGCUAUCGUCGGCCUAUCAAAAGCUGAGGCCAAGAAAGUAACGCCCGGCGGUUGUUAUCUCGCGUGUCAUAAUUCAAAGUAUAAUGUGGUCAUUUCAGGUCCAAAGAAAGAGAUGUCAGAAAUGAUGAAACAAUUGGAAGAAAAGGCAGUAUUUGUGCGACAGUUAGAGAGCAGUGAAAUCCCAUAUCAUUCACAAUAUCUGAUCACAUCUGCAAAGCCUAUGACUGAAGCCAUUAAGAAAUAUAUACCAAACCCGAGACUCCGGUCGCGGAAAUGGGUGUCCACUUCACUCAUGACUACCGAUUCCAGCGAUGAGGCAUUGAAAUACGCUUCGGCCGAGUAUUUCGUAUACAAUCUGAUGAAUCCCGUGCUCUUCAUAGACAAACUCAAAGACCUGCCAACAGAUGCUAUUAUACUAGAGUUGGGUCCGCACUCUAUAUUCCCUAAAGUGGUGUCCGAAACGCUGGACAACUCGACGUACGUAUCAUUAAUCAAGAGAAACGCAAACGACACUAAUUUGGAAACAUUUAUGGCUGGAUUGGCCACUCUAUACGAGUCGGGACAGUUAGACAGGUAA